UUUUGAUUGAGACCCCUGUGUGUGUUCUUGCAUGUAAGAAUGUUACUGUCUUGGACUCCCUUGUUUGCUUUCUAAGAUGAAGAAAAUUUAAAAUGAAGAUGGCCUGUAAUUCUGUCUCUUAGAAGGAGAAGGGAACACAUACUGGUCACCCUCUUCAGAUUUGGGGAAAUAAUCCAUGGAUGGAGGCAGUGUGUAUUUCUUGACCCCCUGGGAGAAAGAUCACACACCACCACAUGAUAGGACUGUGAUGGGGCCUGCAGGGACUGAUCCAUAGAGAGAACUGUCUGGCCUUUAGCGCUUCAUCCUUGGUUAAGGAAAUGACCAACCAGUACAGUAUUCUCUUCAAGCAAGAGCAAGCCCAUGAUGAUGCCAUAUGGUCAGUUGCCUGGGAGACAAACAAAAAGGAAAACAUUGAAACAGUGGUCACAGGAUCCCUGGAUGACCUGGUGAAGGUCUGGAAAUGGCGUGAUGAGAGGCUGGAGCUCCAGUGGAGCCUGGAGGGACAUCAGCUCGGGGUGGUGUCUGUGGACAUCAGCCACACUCUUCCCAUUGCUGCAUCCAGCUCUCUAGACGCUCAUAUUCGCCUCUGGGACUUGGAAAAUGGCAAACAGAUGAAGUCUAUAGAUGCAGGACCAGUGGAUGCCUGGACUUUGGCAUUUUCUCCUGACUCCCAGUAUCUGGCCACAGGAACUCACAUGGGGAAAGUGAACAUUUUUGGUGUGGAAAGUGGAAAAAAAGAAUAUUCUUUGGACACUAGAGGAAAAUUCAUCCUUAGUAUUGCAUAUAGUCCUGAUGGGAAAUACCUGGCCAGCGGAGCCAUAGACGGAAUCAUCAAUAUUUUUGACAUUGCAACUGGAAAGCUUUUGCAUACGCUGGAAGGCCAUGCGAUGCCCAUUCGCUCCUUGACCUUUUCCCCUGACUCCCAGCUCCUUGUCACGGCUUCAGAUGAUGGCUACAUCAAGAUCUAUGAUGUACAACAUGCCAAUUUGGCUGGCACACUGAGUGGCCAUGCGUCCUGGGUGUUGAAUGUUGCGUUCUGUCCUGAUGACACUCACUUUGUCUCCAGUUCAUCUGACAAAAGUGUGAAGGUUUGGGAUGUUGGAACAAGGACCUGUAUUCACACCUUCUUUGAUCACCAGGAUCAGGUUUGGGGAGUAAAAUAUAAUGGAAAUGGAUCAAAAAUUGUAUCUGUUGGAGAUGACCAGGAAAUUCAUGUCUAUGACUGCCCAAUUUAAACACCAGCAUCCUCGGGGCUAGGGCCUCAGACUACACAGGGUUGAUCAUGACAUUCCUCAGAUUUUUUGGCAUACUUAAAGUACAGCAUAUAUUGUAGAACUUUUGUAGAUACAAUAUAAAUUUUUCCUGUUUUAUUGGAAAUGUUCUUCAUAUUUUAAUGUAAAUAAAGCAUUCUUAAUGCAACCACC